GUACACUUCCAGGUCAUGUCAGCCACUUCAGAUACCCUCAAGAUCUUAUAUGGCUUCACGGAUGACGAUACUACCGUCUUCGCGACCUUGUUUUCAAUGGCUGGCAAGUACUUAUACUCUGAUUUGGACAAGCUGACAAAAACAUCGACGCCUGAGGUCUGUCCAUUCGGGGGUUUCGGGGUUAUAUCUAACACCUAUCAAACGACACAUUCAUCUCGACUCCACCAUCUGCACAGGUAUCUCAGUGGCUCUCGCAACCAUUCCGUGCCUACUUCCUGUUCAAUGACUGCAUCCAACGAGUCCUCUCUAUAUCCGUAUUCGCAACGCAUCUAG